AAGUACCUUUGACAGCUCUCGGUUCCUCGAAUGUUAAAUUUGUUGUGAAAUUUUUUUUAGUUUUUUAUUGGAUUGGUUUUACUUUACUAAAUUAUAAGUAAUUAAUUUUUGUAUGUUUCGUUCACGAAAUUUCUAAGUAAAUAAAUACUAAACAUGCCAACGGAUGCUUAUUGCGCGGACUCAUGGAAGAGGUCCAAAAGGCGAGACAUAUUAUGGUACCGAGAACAUCUGAUGCCGGCGCUUCUUGCGGCUAAAGAGAACAGGGUUCGGGAUAUAGAUGCCACCAUCGGCAUUGCACAGCAAUUGUUGGAUUUAUAUGACGAGAAAGUGAAGGCACCAACACAAGUUCUUCCUCAUGAAGUUGAACAAAGUGAUGACAUUAGCCUUAUGAAACCAGUUGAACCCGAGGUUUUGGACCUAUUGUAUGGGAGCACUGAGAAAGGAGCAGGAGAAGUAUACCUCAAGAGGAGGUAUAAAAAGCCACCAGAAGAUAGGUUUCAUUUCCGCCUGCAAACAAGUUGGGACUACGGCUGGCGACAGAAGCAGAGUAAGAUGUCGGCGCGCGACGUGAACCACGGUCGCUGCGCCAUCUUGCGGGACACGUUCUACCGCAAGAACAACUUAGCGCCCGACCCCGGACAUUACUCGCAGCCAGCCGGCGCACAGUUCACCGUGUGCAGUGAAUAUUCGUGCAAUUUCAAUUAGUUAUAACAAAAACUAUAGUUUCAUAAUCAAUAAAUUUUGCAUUCACAAACA